GCUGCUCCUCCAUUCCGUGUUUUAGCAGCCACUGUCCGCCUGCUGUCAAUGAACAUCCAGCGCAUCCUCUCUUGUUUCUACGUUUCUCAUCGCUCCGCCUCUUUUCUCGCUGGGUUUUUUUCUGUCCUCUCUCUCUCCUCCACACUCCCCCUCCUCCUCUCUGUCAUUGCAUCCAUGUUUGUGCAUUUAAGAAAUCUCCAAGAAUUACCAAACUGGAGGAAAGCGAGCAAAACAGAGUGACAGAGGGGGGUUCGGGGCUCCAAAGGGAAAGCCAACAAGGACGCGCUGGACAUCUCCUAUUGCAACAUGCGUGUGAAAGCCUUCUAAAGGAUGGCAGCGAUGGGUUAGACAGGAUUGACCAUGUCUGCUAAAUAAAAGCCACCGUUUUUAAAAGAUGUCUGCUCCACACGGGCCCCGGGGCGGCCCUGGCCCUGCUGCCGCCGCUGCUGCUCCCUCAGCGGCCGGCGCCAUGCCGGAGAUGCCGGACCUCAGCCACCUAACCGAGGAGGAGAGGAAGAUCAUCCUCGGUGUCAUGGAACGACAGAAGAAGGAGGAGGCUAAGGAGCAGACUAUGUUAAAGAUCAAAGAAGAAACAAAACCUCAACAAGCACAGUGGUUUCCCUUUAGUGGGAUCACUGACCUGGUAAAUAAUGUUCUUCAGCCUCAGCAAAAGUCCCAAAAUGACAAGAAGCCCGAACCAGAUCCGAAGUUACACCAGCAGUUUGAAUCGUAUAAGGACCAGGUUAAGAAGAUGGGGGAAGAGACUAAACCGGUUCAGGAGCAGAAGAGCGAAGCCCCAACCUGUGGAAUAUGCCACAAAACAAAAUUUGCUGACGGCUGUGGUCACAUCUGUUCAUAUUGCCAAACGAAAUUCUGUGCUAGGUGCGGAGGACGAGUGUCUCUGCGGUCAAACAAGGAGGACAAAGUG